AUGCAGAGCAUUGGGAGUCAACAAUGGGAUACAGGAUUGGCGGUUCAAGCUAUACAUGCUAGUGAUUUCUCUGAUGAAUUUGGUGAUGUACUCAAGAGAGGACAUGACUACAUAAAAAAAUCUCAGAUUAGAGAGAACCCUUCUGGUGACUUUAAGGGCAUGUACCGCCACAUAUCAAAAGGUGCUUGGACUCUUUCUGAUCCAGAUCAUGGAUGGCAAGUUUCCGAUUGUACAGCUGAAGCUUUAAAGUGUUGUUUACUGCUCUCUAAGAUGCCGGCUGAGGUUGUUGGCCAUAAGCUAGAUCACGAAAAACUAUAUGAUUCUGUUAAUCUCUUGUUAUCUUUACAGAGUGAGAACGGAGGUGUACCUGCAUGGGAGCCCGUCCGUGCUUGCUCAAUCCAACAGAGUUUCUUGCUAAUAUUGUGGCCGAACGUGAGUACCUGGAAUGUACUCACGUUCAAGGAACUCUAUCCAUAUUACAAGACAAAAGAGAUCAUCACAUCCAUCGAGAAAGCAGGGCAAUUCGUAGAAAGCAAACAAACACCCGAUGGUUCAUGGUAUGGAAAUUGGGGUGUUUGUUUCAUUUAUGCCACAUGGUUUGCUCUUGGCGGCUUAUCAGCUGCUGGUAGAACAUAUGAAAAUAGUCUUGCUCUGCGUAAAGGUGUUGAAUUUUUGCUCACAAAACAGAAAGAUGAUGGAGGUUGGGGAGAAAGCUAUUUGUCAUCCUCUGAAAUGAGAUACAUACCAUUAGAAGGGAAACAAUCUCACCUGGUGCAAACUUCUUGGGCAAUGAUGGGGCUGAUUCACGCCGGACAGGCUGAAAGAGAUCCAACACCUCUUCACCGUGCUGCACAACUUAUCAUCAAUUCGCAACUGAAAAGUGGAGAUUUUCCUCAACAGGAAAUAGUAGGCUCGUUCAUGAAGAAUUGCAUGUUACACUAUGCUACCUACCGAAACACUUUCCCAGUAUGGGCACUUGCUGAGUACCGGAAAGCUAUGUUCAUCGGAGAAGCUGGAAAAGAUCUGUGUCGCAGUCAGAGUGAAGCCGCCAACGCCGGAAUUAUCACCGGAAAACGGAUCUUCUUAAGGACAUGCACCUAUCUUCAAUGUCACAACACAACGACACAACACAUCAAAUUCAAAGUAAUGGUUUGUCUAGCUUCCGUUUAUGGAAAAUGGGUGGUGAUGGAAGACAAGUCAUGGCAUUUUGAGAUGGAUAAAGGAAAAGGAGGGAGAAUGUUCUACUUACGGGAUGGUUGUACACAUGAGGAGCCUCUUAGAAUGGUACAAGCUGACUAUAUGUUGGAUAUGGAAGCAGACUGGUGGAAUUAUCUUAUCCAUUACCGAUGUGAUGCUCCAUCAAAUACCCUCAGACUUUCCUCAUAUGUACAUCACCAACGGGCAGGUUCAUAG